CAACGCCCGGCAGCUCCCACUUCCGUGCUUCAGUCACCCAACCCCGUCUCCUUCUCGCACCCCUCGAACCCUAGAAGGAAGCCUCGAAGGAGGAGGAGAUGGCGGUGGAGUCGGCGGUUCUGUCGCGGAUCGGGCUGGCAGGACUGGCUGUGAUGGGCCAGAACCUCGCCCUCAACAUCGCCGAGAAGGGAUUUCCCAUUUCCGUCUACAACCGCACCGCCUCCAAGGUCGACGAGACCGUCUCCCGUGCCGCCGCCGAGGGCGGCCUCCCCAUGUCCGGUCACCGCUCCGCCCAGGACUUCGUUCUCUCUCUCCGCCGCCCCCGCUCCGUCAUCAUCCUCGUCAAGGCCGGCGCACCCGUCGACCAGACCAUCGCUGCCCUCUCCCACUUCAUGGAGCCCGGCGACGCCAUCAUCGAUGGCGGCAACGAGUGGUACGAGAACACCGAGCGCCGGAUCCGCGAGGCCGCCGCCCGCGGGAUCCUCUACCUCGGCAUGGGCGUCUCCGGCGGCGAGGACGGCGCCCGGAACGGCCCUUCCCUCAUGCCCGGCGGGUCCCUCCAGGCCUAUCAGAAUGUCGAAGACAUUCUCACCCGCGUCGCUGCCCAGGUGGACGACGGGCCCUGCGUCACCUUUGUCGGUGAGGGCGGCUCUGGUAACUUCGUCAAGAUGGUCCAUAAUGGCAUCGAGUACGGUGACAUGCAGCUCAUCUCUGAGGCCUACGACGUGCUCAGGAUCGUUGGUGGGCUGUCUAAUCCUGAGCUUGCGGAGACCUUUGCCGAAUGGAACCGUGGCGAGCUUGAGAGCUUCCUCAUCGAGAUCACUGCCGACAUAUUUGGAGUUCGCGAUGAGCAUGGUGAUGGGGAGCUUGUUGACAAGAUCCUGGACAAGACCGGGAUGAAGGGGACUGGCAAGUGGACAGUUCAGCAGGCAGCUGAGCUUUCAGUUGCUGCCCCGACCAUUGCGGCCUCUCUCGACUGCCGGUACCUUAGUGGCCUCAAGGAUGAGAGAGAGGCUGCCGCCAAGGCUCUUGACCAAGCUGGGAUCGGUAGCGGUGACUUUAUCAGCGGCCGGUCUGUCGACAAGAAACGCCUAAUUGAUGACGUCCGGCAGGCUCUCUAUGCUUCCAAGAUCUGUAGUUACGCCCAAGGUAUGAACUUGCUCAGAGCUAAGAGUGCUGAGAAGGGAUGGAAUCUCAAUCUCGGGGAACUUGCAAGGAUUUGGAAGGGAGGGUGCAUUAUAAGGGCGAGGUUUUUGGAUAGGAUUAAGAAGGCUUAUGAGCGAAAUCGGGGACUUGCGAACCUGAUUGUGGACCCUGAAUUUGCAAGGGAGAUGGUGCAGAGGCAGGCAGCAUGGCGGAGGGUUGUAGGACUUGCAAUUGAAGCUGGAAUCAGCACGCCAGGUAUGUGUGCCAGCCUUGCAUAUUUCGACACUUAUCGCCGGGCAAGGCUGCCUGCAAACCUGGUGCAGGCACAGAGGGAUUACUUUGGGGCACACACCUAUGAGCGAGUUGAUCGCCCAGGAUCAUUCCACACUGAGUGGUCCAAGAUCGCAAGGCAGAGCAAAACUGGUGCAGGCAUCCUUAACUGAGUCUAUUUGGUUUGAUGUAUUGGUGGUAAUAAGUUGAUUAGGAGCCAUGUUUUCUGGUUGUUGUUAUCUUACUGCAAUUUAAAAGGUACAAUUUUAUUGUUAAAUAACAGUUGCAUCUGCUGAGAUCUGCCUGCAGAGAACAAAUUUUUGUUUAUGAUAGUUGUGCAUCAAAGUGUGAUGUAUAGACAUUGCUAGCCUAUCUAGAUUCUCAUGAUUAUGUAUUUGCAAUUUAAUCGUCUUAUGCUUUCUUGUUA